UAGAUUAAGCGCCCAUUACAUGACCAAGAUUGAGCCCACGGCUAACGCUUUCCUCUAUAUUUGUAACGACGUCGUUUCAGAGCGAGGGUUCAGAGUUCAACGCGAGAGUUCGGCGCGCUCUUUAACGUCCUAGUCAAAGCUGCGGCCGGGCAAAGAGGCCGAGCCGGUGAGUUCCGACAUGGCCAAGAAACGAGAACGCCGAUCCGCGCCGGGUUCAGCUAACCGCGAUAACCAAGCUGAAUCGUCCACCCGACGCGAUAACCGGGGUGAAUUGGCUUCGGGUCGCAAACUCGUUCCCUUCUUGGUCCUCUUCUUCAUCGCAUCUUCCACCAUUUCCGUGAUCGUGUACCGGUUUAAGUACUCUCCUACCCGCUCUAGAGAAUCGGAUGCACAUCAACAAGAUGUUAUGAAAGCCGAUUUAAGUUACCAAGCUGUGCUGACUGAGAAUUCGAAAGUAGAAAAUACUUCCCGGCGGCACUAUGGUUAUCCUGUGCUUGGCUACAUUACUUCAUGGAAUUCCAAGGGUUACGAAUUGGCAAAACGUUUCAACUCUAAGUUCACACAUUUAUCACCUGUUUGGUAUGAGGUGAAGAGCCAACAGGCUGGCUUAGUUCUGGAGGGAAGACAUAAUGCUGACAUAGGAUGGAUCUCAGAGCUUAAAAAUAUAGGACACGCUUUGAUUUUGCCUAGAGUUGUCUUGGAAGCAUCACCCUUGGAGCUGUUGACAAAGAAGAAACAAAGGAACAAAGCCAUUAACCUUAUGGUAACAGAGUGCAAGGAAAUGGGAUAUGAUGGUAUUGUCUUAGAAUCUUGGUCAAGAUGGGCAGCUUAUGGGAUCUUGCAUGAACCAAGCAUGCGAAAUUUGGCAUUGCAUUUUAUAAAGCAGCUUGGAGAAGCUUUGCAUUCUGUGUCUGGCAAAGAUAAUGGGCAGCAGUUGCAGUUGAUAUAUGUCAUGGGCCCACCAUCUUCGAAGAAGCUCCAAGAGCACGACUUUGGUCCAAACGAUCUUGAGAUCUUGAGUGAAGUUGUGGAUGGAUUUUCAUUGAUGACAUAUGACUUCUCUAGUCCUCAUAACCCUGGCCCUAAUGCACCAUUGAAGUGGAUUCAAUUUACCUUAAGUCUGCUUCUUGGCACCCCUGGCCAUAGAGCCCAGAGGCUCGCUAACAAGAUACUCCUUGGCAUAAACUUCUAUGGAAAUGAUUUCUCCCUUUCCAGAGGUUCAGGAGGGAGAGCUAUUCUCGGAAGGGAUUACCUUUCACUGUUGGAGAAGCACAGGCCUGUACUGCAGUGGGAUGAGAAUAGUGGCGAGCAUUUCUUCUUCUACAUUGAUGACGAGGAUAGCAAGCGUGUUGUGUUCUAUCCAUCUUUAAAGUCAAUUUCCUUGCGCCUGGAGGAAGCCCGUUUAUGGGGAUGUGGUAUUUCAAUCUGGGAAAUUGGCCAAGGUUUAGAUUACUUUUUUGAUCUUUUGUGAAAGCAACGAACAGCAGGUUUUAAUAUUGCUCAUAGGCUUGAGCUCCCCCCCGGGGGGGGGGGGGUUUAAAUGGCUUUGUUAUUUGGUGACUGCGCUUGUCCUUGAGAGCUGUGUUCUUAUCCUUCCAUCUUGGAAAUUUUUGGACUCGAGAGUUCUGUUCCUUGAACGAUCUCUUUUUUAAGUUUUCACCUUUUAGUACUA